AUGUGCAGUGGUUCAAAAAGUAAAAUUUCUUCAUCAGAUUACGCUAUGGAGAGUAAGCUUGAGAAGGGUAUUCACAACUCAUCGAUAUUGCUUGAAUUGGUUGCUUCUGAUGAUUUCGAUGCUUUCGUGAGAGAAGGGGAAGAGAAGGGUUUGGAUGUGAAUGAAGAAGGGCUUUGGUAUGGUAGAAGAAUUGGGUUGAAGGAGAUGGGAGCUGAGAAGAGGACUCCUCUCAUGAUUGCUUCUUUGUUUGGAAGCAUCAAGGUGGUUAAGUAUAUUGUUCUAACUGGAAAGGUUGAUGUCAAUGGAGUUUGUGGUUCUGAUAUGGUUACUGCUCUUCAUUGUGCUGUUGUCGGUGGUUCGGAAUUAUCGUUUGAGGUUGUCAAGCUUUUGCUUGAGGCUGGGGCGCCGCUGCUGGUAUUCAGGGUGGGUCUCAAAUUUAUGUUGUUGUUCACUAUCAAUGGCACACAUUUAAAAUUAGGGUUAGUGUCUUUAUAUUGA